AUGUCUACAGAAACAAGAAGAUCUUAUGCCACAGCAACAGAACGUCCAACAAAAGAACAAGCCAUUGUAAUUAAAGCCAUUGACAAAGUACCAAUUGAUGAUUACUAUAAGGAAAUCAGAAGUAAAAUCGGCCCAAAAAACAUCCAUAAUGUAUCGAAAAUCUCUCGAAGUCGAAUUUGUAUGUACGUAGCAACCAUCCAACUAGCACAAACACUAGUAAACGAACAUAAAACAAUACUAAUACAAGACAAGAGACUUACGAAAAGACCUCUAUUUUCCCAAAAUAAGAGGAUUAUUAUUUCAAAUGUACAACCAUUUAUUCCCAAUGAUGUCAUCGAAAAGGCAUUAUUAGACUGUAACAACAUAAGACCCGUUUCUGGUAAGACCAACCGAAGUAAUAUCACAAAUAAAAUGAUACCUGUCAUAAAAACCAGUACUGAACAAAAUACUGAAACAAAUGCAAUGACCAGCGAAACAACCAAUAUGGAAAUCACCCCCCCAACAAACCAACUGCCUCUCAAAAUGGACAUUACUAAUGAAAAAACUACAACCGGAACCAAAAGAAUCUAUUCAGAAACCGACUCAUGGAUAACAAAUGUAAGUGAUGAAUCCAUGCUACUUACUCCACCCAUCCCCACAAAAGAAUUUAAACAACGUGCAACCAAAACAAACACUAAAAAGAAGAGUAAAACUGACCAAAAUAUAACCAAAACAACAGCAUCAAUAAGUGAACUCCAAAACGAAAUAACUAGCAAUCCAAACAAAUAUCCGUUAUCAUACCUACAACUCUAA